UGCUAGGUCCGGAAUCCCGGGUGGAGGACCUCGGCUUCUCUAGGAGGGCGUGAAAAUUCCCUGCAUCCACAGGUGCCGCGUGAGGUGUCCAGAGGAAGUCAUCAGUCAACAGCGCCGGAGCGUGAGCCGCAGCCCGGCAGCCAUGGAACGCCCAGGAUUUGUUGAUCUUCAGUGCUGUGAAGGUGGACUUGGUACGGGAGGAAUGUGAAGGCCUUGCUCACAGGGCUUGUACAGAGAAUCUCCAUUUGGAGAAGAGCAGCAGUCCGGUUUCUCUAGGUGUCACACUCCUCAGCCAGUCCUGCUUACCUGUGAGUCUGAACUAAGAGCCCUGGAUGGUGAAGAGAAGAGACUGUAGCAGAGGAUCCAGAAGAGUUCCGGUCUUUGUUCCUGAGACAGAAACUCAGAGAGGAACAACAGGAAAAAUGGCUGCUUCUCUGAUAGAUGUGCCCCAGGACUUAUUGACAUUCAGAAACGUGGCUGUGGACUUCUCCCAGGAGGAAUGGGAGUAUCUUGACUCCUCUCAAAGAGCUCUGUACAUGGAUGUAAUGUGGGAGAAUUACAGCAAUCUAGUUUUUAUAGAAAACCAUUGCAUUUGUGGUAAAUAUGAAGAGGUUGUGGAUCAGUGCUCAAACCAUAUUGUCUAUCAGCAUGAAAAUAUCGAAGAGAAGUCUUACCAAUGUCAUGAGCUUGGCAAAAUGCCUUAUGAGUCCUCCCAAAGCAUACCUUAUAACACAAGUGAUACCACAGAAAACUGCAAGAUGUAUGGGAGUGAAAACCAACGGGAUCCUUCUAAUGAAUCUUUAAACCUAAUGGCACAUAAAAGUAGGAACACUGAAGAAGAACAAUACAAAGAUUAUAGGGAGUAUUUAAAUUUGUGUUCCAUCAUUGGCCCGUAUCCACAGAUCGACGCUGGAAAGAAAGAACACAAAAUUACAGAGUGUGAUAAAUAUUUUGACUCUAAACAUAAACUCAUGAUAAAACGGAUGUGUAGUGGAGAGAAACCUUACCAGUGCAGAAAAUGUGGAAAAUGCUUCAGGGCCUAUUCAAGUCUCUAUAGACAUCGGAGAGCUCAUCCUGGAGAGAAACCCUAUAAACUCACAGAAUGCAGUAAGUCCAUUCUAUAUUUGUCACACCACAAACUACAUUAUAAUAUCCACUAUGGAGAAAAACCCUACAAAUGUAUAGAAUGUGGUAAGUGCUAUUAUCAUUCAUCAGGCUUUGAAAGACAUUACAGAAUUCACACUGAAGAGGAGACUUACAAAUGUAGUGAUUGUAGAAAAUCCUUUAUCUGCUGCUUAGGUCUUAAAAAACACCAUAAAAUUUAUGGAAGAGAGAGGCCUUAUGAAUGUAAACAAUGUGGUAAGUCCUUCUAUACAUUAUCACUCCUGGAAAGCCAUUACAGAACCCACCAUAGACAAAAACUUCACAGAUGUAAUGAAUGUGGCAAAUCCCUUUCCUCCUCCUCGGGUCUUCAAAGACAUCAGAGAAUUCAUAGAGGAGAGAAAGCAUACAUAUGUGCUGAAUGUGACAAAUGCUUCAUUCAGAAAUCCCAACUUAAAACACAUCAAAGAAUUCAUACAGGAGAGAAAAGUUAUAAAUGUAAUGAAUGCGAGAAAUCAUUUACUGUUGGCUCAUCUCUUAGAAUACAUCAGAGAAUUCAUACUGGAGAGAAACCUUACAAAUGCAGCGAAUGUCACAAGUGCUUCAUUCAGCAAGCCCACCUUAGAAGACAUCAGAAAAUCCAUACAGGAGAGAAACCUUACAAAUGUAGUGAAUGUGACAAAUCCUUUACAGUAGGCUCGGAUCUUAGAAUGCAUCAGAAAAUUCAUACUGGAGAAAAACCUUACAAAUGUAGUGACUGUGAGAAAUGCUUUAUCCAGAAAGCAAAGCUUAAAAAGCAUCAAAGAAUUCAUACAGGAGAGAAACCUUACAAAUGUAGUGAAUGUGACAAAUGCUUUACUGUUGUCUCAGACCUUAGAACACAUCAGAAAAUUCAUACUGGCGAGAAACCUUACAAAUGCAGUGAAUGUGACAAAUGUUUUAUCCGGAAAGCCAACCUUAGAAGACAUCACAGAAUUCAUACAGGAGAAAAACCUUACAAAUGUAGUGACUGUGGCAAAUGCUUUAUUCAGAAAGCCAAUCUUAGAACUCAUGAGAGAAUUCAUACUGGAGAGAAACCUUACAAAUGUGAAUGUGGGAAAUCUUUUACAGUUGGCUCAGAUCUUAGGAAGCAUCAGAAAUGUCAUACUGGAGAAAAACCUUACAAAUGCAGUGAAUGUCACAAGUGCUUUAUUAGGAAAGCCCACCUUAGAAGACAUCAAAGAAUUCAUACUGGAGAGAAACCUUACAAAUGUAGUGACUGUGGCAAAUGCUUUAUCCAGAAAGCCAAUCUUAGAACACAUCAGAAAAUCCACACAGGAGAGAAACCAUAUAAAUGUAAUGAAUGUGACAAAUGCUUUAUCCAGAAAGAUCACCUUAGAACACAUCAGAGACUUCAUACGGGAGAGAAACCUUACAAAUGUAGUGAAUGUGAAAAAUCCUUUACUGGUGGUUCAGUUCUUCGAAAACAUCAGAAAAUUCAUACUGCAAGAAGCCUUACCAAUGCAAUGAAUUUGACCAAUCCUUUAUCCAAGACGCCCACCUUAGAACUCAUCAAAGAAUUUAUACAGGAGAGUAGCCUUAUAAAUGCAAUGUAUAUAGCACAGUCUUUACCCGCCUCUCAUGUCUAAGAAAACAUCAGAAAAAUCCAUACAGGAAACAAAAGUUUCAAUAGUAAAUAGUAUGGCAUAUGCUUUAUACAAUCUCUGUGCUAAUAGACCACUAGAGAUUCAUGAACAUAAGAAACUUGAAAAUACCUUUGAGUAAUGUUCAAAUAUUAGAAAAAAAAACCUUUAUUCUGAAAGAAAAAGCUGCAAAUGGCAUUGCAAGAAAAUUUUUGUUAAAAUGUUUCUUUUUCAAAUUCAAAUACUUCAUAAUGACAACAAAAUGGAGAAGCCUGAAAAGUGUUCUGUUGUGUAGCAGGUGUUGUUUUUUUUUUUUUAAACUAAAACAUUCCAUCCUAUAAGGAAGCUGAAUAAGCCAGGAAAUGAAAAAUUCAACACAUCUUCAGGGAGUACCUGAAAUUGACAGGAUUAAUUAUUUUGAAGAAACUCAUACCAGUCUUGCUGCUUAGAAGACAUUUGAUAUAUUGAGCCAGUAAGAUAUGAUGCCCUUUAACGUGUAGAUAUGCCUACAGGUGUGUAGUGUGCUCUGAGUAUCCAGUGUUUAUAUGCUGUAUUUCAUGCUGGUUUGGAGUUUCAUAGUCCAACUAUGUUUUCCUCCUAUAAGCAGCUCCUUUCUAGUAUUUAUGUAUGUAACCCCAAUAAAGCCCAUUGGUUUUCAGUGGCAAGCAUA